UCGGUGAAUAGUAGAAGCGCGUGAAGGGAGCAUGUAGACGAACGUGAUUGUGUCGCCCAGCGUGCGCGAGAAUCUAACCAUCGCACGGACAACGUACGCUUUCACUCUGCGGAUUUGUCAUUGAAGCACAUUGCGCUGCGGAUUCAUGGGGGUUUGGACUCCGCUGGCUGAGAGAUGCAGAGAUCUCGGCAGUGCACGACGAGUUUCUAAUAUCCCUGUGUUUGUGUGGCUGUCCCGGAACUCGGAGACAAACCCUGUAUGUGUUCAGAAGACCGCCGGUAAUACACUAGAGUAAAUGCAGUGCCUUGUAAAACAAAGCAGUGCCACACAAAGAGGAAGCCACACAGAAUGUCUUGGGUCAACGGCUUUAAAGCUACAAGAGUGGACAACCACAAGACAGCAUGGGGUGAGCGUAACGGCAGGAAGUCGAGGCGUAAGAGGGACUCGUCCCUCUGCAACCCGCGCUACAUGAGCUGCCUUCGGGAUCCUGAAGCCAUGGACUCCCCGUCGCCAAACUACUCCCGUGCAGCGGGGGGCACCAAUAGCAGCAACUUCAGCACACGGUGCGUCUGGCAGGAAGACCACUAUGGCAGGAAGGGUGAUGUAGGUCUGAGAGCCGUCGACCUAGCUUUUGAAGAUACUGUGACGGGGCAAACAAAAGAUGGCGAGAACCAAGAUGAUGGUGGGGAAGAGAGGAAGGGUCCGCAGAGGUGUGUUUUGGCCUGCUUUUUGCGGUUGGCUCGUGUUUUUCAGUCCAAGAAGUUUAAGUCGACCAAACUUGAACGAUUGUAUCAGCGAUACUUCUUCAGGCUCAACCAGAGCUCUCUCACGAUGCUGAUGGGAAUGCUGGUUGUAGUUUGUGGAGUCAUGCUGGUUUUCCAUUGCGUCCAAGGUCCACCUGAUGUGCCAUACACCUCUGUGCUCUCUGUAGCCAUGGGCCUCUUCUUAGUGUUGACGGUGGUGUGUAACAGAAAUGGCUUCCAUCAGGACUACAUGUGGAUUGUUAGUUAUCUGGUGAUGGUGGUGUUAAUGGUGGUGCAGGUGUUUGGCGUGUGGAUGGUGGCUCCCCGCAGCGCCUCUGAAGGGAUCUGGUGGACAAUGUUCUUCAUCUACAUCAUCUACACGCUGUUGCCGGUGAGAAUGAGAGCGGCGGUGAUUACAGGGGUCGUGCUCUCCACCAUUCAUAUUAUUAUGGCAUGGAGACUGAACCUCAACGACGAAUUCCUCUGGAAACAGAUAUGUGCCAAUACAGUGAUUUUCCUGUGCACCAACAUCAUCGGCAUCUGCACACAUUACCCGGCUGAGGUGUCUCAGAGACAAGCCUUCAAAGAGACUAGAGGAUACAUCCAGGCCAGAAUACACCUUCAGAGAGAAAACCAGCAGCAGGAACGCCUGCUGCUCUCUGUGCUGCCAAGGCACGUUGCCAUGGAGAUGAAGGCAGACAUCAACGUCAAGAAAGAGGAUAUGAUGUUUCACAAGAUCUACAUCCAGAAGCACGACAACGUCAGUAUCCUGUUCGCGGACAUUGAGGGCUUCACCAGUUUGGCGUCGCAAUGCACAGCCCAGGAGUUGGUGAUGACCCUUAAUGAGCUUUUUGCACGCUUUGAUAAAUUAGCUUGGGAAAACCACUGUCUGCGGAUCAAGAUCCUGGGGGAUUGUUAUUACUGCGUGUCUGGACUUCCGGAACCGAGGGCCGACCACGCUCAUUGCUGUGUGGAGAUGGGGGUGGACAUGAUCGAGGCCAUCUCAUUGGUGCGAGAGGUGACGGGAGUGAACGUGAACAUGCGUGUGGGCAUACACAGCGGCCGCGUGCACUGCGGGGUGCUCGGCCUGCGCAAAUGGCAGUUUGAUGUCUGGUCCAACGAUGUCACGCUGGCCAACCAAAUGGAAGCUGGAGGCAAAGCAGGGCGAAUCCAUAUCACCAAAGCCACGCUACAGUAUUUAAAUGGAGACUAUGAGGUGGAACCAGGUUCUGGAGGAGACAGAAAUGCUUACCUGAAAGACAACAACAUUGAGACAUUUUUUGUGCUGGGUUGCAGUCAGAAAAGGAAAGAAGAAAAAGCCAUGAUGGCUAAAAUGCAGCGCGCUAGGGCCAACUCUUCAGAAGGGCUGAUGCCGCGGUGGGUUCCUGACAGAUCUUUCUCCAGGACUAAAGAUUCAAAAGUCUUCAGACAGAUGGGCAUAGAUGAAGCCUCCAGCAAAGAUAACCGCUGUGCUCAGGAGGCUCUGAAUCCAGAAGAUGAGGUCGAUGAGUUUUUAGGUCGUGCCAUUGAUGCCCGCAGCAUUGACCAGCUACGAAAAGACCACGUGAAGAAAUUCCUGCUUACAUUCCAAACACCUGUCCUGGAGAAAAAGUACUCGAAAAAAGUGGAUGAUCGCUUCGGUGGCUAUGUGGCCUGUACCCUUAUCGUAUUCUGCUUUAUUGCUUUUAUUCAGCUUAUCAUCUUCCCACAUACUCCAUUAAUGCUGGGCAUGUUCAUCAGCAUCUUUAUUAUGCUCGCCAAUGUGCUCUUCAUAUGUGCCAUUUAUUCCUGCGUUAAGUUUUUUCCAGCUGCUUUGCAGACAGUAUCAAAGAGGAUUGUACAAUCCCGCAUAAACAGCACCCUAGUCGGAGUCUUCACCAUUCUGCUUCUCUUUAUCUCUGCUUUUGUUAAUAUGUUUUCCUGUAGCCGAGUGAAUCUGCUAGAUUGUGUUGCCGGACCACCGAAUGUUUCUGCUUUAGUCACUGUGUGUCAGUUGUAUAAUGGGACUGGAACAGCAGAGGACCCUCUGACACUGUGUUUAUCAUGUCCUUUACCUGAGUAUUUCAUGUACAGUGUGCUGCUGACUGUGCUGUGCUGCUCAGUGUUCCUGCACAUCAGCAGUAUAGGCAAGCUGGUCCUCGCGGUCUUCAUCCAGAUCUGCUUCCUGCUGCUUGUGGAGUGGCCUAUGGUUACUCUGUUGGACAACGCUGACCUUCUGGUCACCGCCAAGUCACUGUCUUUUAAUGGAACAGAGCAUUGCCAUAAACCAAUGACUAAGGUUUAUCUGAAGGUGACGAUUCCAGUCAUCCUCACUGUUUUUGUAUUGGCUCUCUACCUGCACGCACAGCAGGUGGAGUCCACAGCACGCCUCGACUUCCUGUGGAAGCUACAGGCGACAGAAGAGAAAGAGGAUAUGGAGGAGCUACAGGCUUACAACCGUCGUCUUCUUCACAACAUCCUGCCCAAAGACGUGGCUGCCCACUUCCUUGCAAUAGAGCGGAGAAACGAUGAGCUUUACUAUCAGUCGUGUGAAUGUGUGGCUGUCAUGUUUGCGUCCAUCAGUAACUUCUCUGAAUUUUACACUGAACUGGAGGCCAACAAUGAGGGCGUGGAAUGCCUGCGACUCCUCAACGAGAUCAUCGCUGACUUUGAUGAGAUAAUAUCUGAGGACAAAUUUAAGCAAUUGGAGAAGAUCAAAACUAUCGGCAGUACGUACAUGGCGGCAUCUGGACUGAACGACUCAACGUAUGACAAAGAAGGCCGCACCCACAUUUUAGCUUUGGCCGACUACACCAUGAGGCUACGAGAACAGAUGAAGUACAUCAACGAACACUCGUUCAACAACUUUCAGAUGAAGAUUGGUUUGAACAUUGGGCCUGUGGUUGCUGGUGUGAUCGGAGCCAGAAAGCCUCAGUAUGAUAUAUGGGGAAACACAGUGAAUGUGGCCAGUCGCAUGGACAGCACUGGUGUUCCUGAUCGAAUCCAGGUGACCACUGACUUGUACCAUGUACUAGAGGAUAAGGGCUACCAGCUGGAAUGCCGUGGACUGGUGAAAGUAAAGGGGAAAGGAGAUAUGACCACUUACUUCCUCAAUAGUGGACCUGUCUGCAGUUAACACUGACCAAAUGUCUCUCAAUGCACUGAUAUGCAGGAAGGACAAAAGGCUUUGAAUGGGUUUUGAACUUGAUCUUGAACAGAUCCAGAUAUAACCACUCACAAGCUCAUGUCUGACCAUCAGUGGGCAUGUGUAAAAUACACGCAUAUUGGGAAUAUUUAGGUACUCUACCUGUACCAUUCGUUGAAGAACUGUUGGAAACAACACUUUAUUUUGAAGAAACCUUUAUUUUGUAGGAAAGACUUCUUACCAAAAUUUGAACUCUUUAUUUAUUGUCAGGUUUUUAAAGCAUGUAAAUAAAAAGAAACAUGAAUGUGAUUAUAUAUGCAAGCAUCAAGAAGAAACUGACCAAAGAAAGUGUUUGAUGUAAGAACACGACACACCUGCUAAUCUGUUUGAAAUGUCUGUAAACAGCUGAUAUAAAAGUGAUUUUGUUUUGUUCUUCUCUACCAUAAAGGCCAUAUUCUACUACAAACACUAAAGCAAAAACAUCUGUUGUCAAUAAAGGCCAGUGGUUUGCUUCACUUCCAGUGGCUUUUAUUUACAAUUGAUAUAGGUUAUGAUUGAUCAGUAUGUUUUUCCCUUUUAGUAUUUUUGUACGAAUGAGUGAACUUAAAUGAAGGAGAUGGUUUUAGAUGUUUAUUUUGUCGUGCGUGUGCGUGCAUCUGAGUGUGUGCGUGUGAAUGUCCGAGUAAACACAGCGUGUUAUUUCUAAAGGGCAUAACAGCUCACUGUGAGAUUUAAAAAAUGUAUUCAAAAUAGCCUUUUUUUUAAUCAAGUGCUAUUUUAGUGUCGAUUCUUUUCCGUUUUCUCCCAACAGAAGUCAAUUCACUUUUCAUCCGAGCUCAUUAAUGUAUUUCACAAAUUGUACAUUUGAAUUAUUCCUCCGAAAAAAUGAGACCUCUAAGUGGCAGGAAAAUUCCAUUACAGUAUAGUCAGCGAUUCUUAGGACCCUUGUUAGUAUGUGUUACUGUGCUGAAAGAGUCCCAUAGGGCUUAGUGGCUGCUGACAAAAUGUGGCUAGACAUCAUUGCUACAUAUCUGACAGUGUUCAACAUAAGUCCAUUUCAGCAUUUCAUCACAAGCGUUCUGAGUCAUGCCAGUGUGACUGUCGAGAUGUUUUAAGGUAUGCAAUUACUGGUUAAAGCAAAGGUUAGCACUGAGUAUUUUUGUUUUAAAGUUUACCAUUCCAUACUUUGGAUCCAACUUUGAGUUUAUUUAUAAUAAAUAUUGUACAUCCCCUUCCCUAAUUGAAUGUAUUAUGUUUAACAGUCCUACCUUCUGAUAUGUACAAAAGCACAUAUGAUUUUUAGUUAAUAUGUUUGUGGUACACCGACCACUUAAGACUGUUUCCACUGAAAAGUUGUAAAAUCAAUAAAUGGGGUGUUUUAUUUAAACA